AUGCCCGAUACACUCAUCAAUAUCAACGAUUCCAAUCUUCCCGCCGCUCCACCCGCAUCAACACCAAAGGCUGACAUCGACAGAGUAAUCGAGAAAUGGGAGCCAAUAAUCAAGAGAAAGACAACAAGUCUAGUUCUGACCGAAAAACAACAAGAGCAUUCAAUCAAUGCUCGACCAUAUAUUACGAUUCUUUUCACGAUUCUACAGGUGAGUUUUGGUUAAAUAUGAAAUACUUCGUGAUUUUCCAUCUCACAGGUUUAUUUGACUUGGAAGUAUAACUUUCGCUACGGUGACAAAAGAAAUGCUGAGCUCGCAUUCAUCCGAUUUGUAGAAACUAUGAUCGUCAAUAUUUUCAUCGGAAUUCCAACUGAAGUUGCGCAAGGUUCAACAACACUAUUUGUUUUUUAUAUGGUAGCUUUUGCGUAUCCACAAAUCGUUGUUAGAAUGGUUUUGGACGAUUUUUGGCUUCGCGAUAAUCCAAUCGGUUUCGCGCUUGCCGGCCUUCACCUAAUCAAUAUUAUUCGUGUACGUUAAAAUUCCACAGAUUCAUUCUUCUCUUUUUCGACAACAUUUUACAGAACUGGUCAACAUUCCCAUACAAAUACGCUCAAAUCCUCUUCCUGUUCGCUCUAACACUUCCCAUAGAAUUCAUGGAUGUUUACGAAAGUGUCAAGAGAUACGAUUCAAUAUGGCGUACUCAAUUGGUUGAUCAAACAAUCUUGUUUUCGGGGCUCUUCGCUGGCAUUUUGUUGGGAUUUUUCUGGAUUUAUCGAAACAAAGAGGAGGACAAGCCGGAAACCGCUUGGAAGAAUUAUACAAUUAUUCUCUCCAUUUUGACAAUUUAUCUUCUUAUCAACGAAUUUUCGGGAAUUCAUUUGAAAUAUCAAGAAAUUACCGUUUUACGCUUUGGAAAAUGA